CGCGGACUCGUCUUGUGCGUGUAAGGAGGCGGAAAAGUGGGAAACGCCAAGAUGAAGAACUUAACUUUGCUCGCUUUGGCACUCACCUUGAUUGCAACGAUUUGUGUUGCAAAGUCGCCCUAUCAAUCAGUUGUUCAACACAGUAGAAUAAGAGGCCGACCACAUGGACCGAACGUUUGUGCGAUGCAAAAGAUUCAGGGGACCGACAAGAAGUACUUCACCAACUGCAAGCAGUGGUACCAUCGCAAAGUCUGCGGCAAGGCAACGGUGAUCAGCUAUGAGUGUUGCCCUGGCUAUGAAAAGGUCCCAGGAGAAAAAGGUUGUCCUGCAGCCUUGCCUCUGUCCAACAUCUACAACACCCUGGGCGCGGUGGGAGCUGCCACGACCCAGAUGUACUCUGACAGGGCCGAUCUGAGGGAGGAGAUAGAGGGACCUGGUAGCUUCACCUUCUUUGCCCCCAGCAAUGAGGCCUGGGCCGCCCUUCCCACCGAAAUCCUUGAUGCUCUGGUGAGCAAUGUCAACAUUGAGUUGCUCAACGCGCUGCACUACCACAUGGUCAACCGUCGUUUGACCUCAGAGGAACUCAAGCACGGCUCUGCCUUCUCCUCCAUGUACCAGGACUUUAAUGUCCACAUUCACCACUAUCCCAAUGGAAUUGUCACAGUGAACUGUGCCCGCUUGAUAAAGACCGAUCAGCAUGCCACCAACGGCAUUGUUCAUGUGGUGGACCGGGUCAUCACAGCCAUCACCAACAACGUGCACACAUUCCUCGACACGGACGAUGAUCUGGAGACUCUUCGUACUGCUAUUGCUGCUGCUGGGCUGACUGCCAUGCUUGAGUCGGAUGGUCAUUACACAGUGUUUGCUCCCACCAACGAGGCCUUUGAGAAGAUCCCCCCCGAGAUGCUCAACAGAAUCUUGGGAGACCCGGUGGCUCUGAAAGACUUGCUAAACUACCACAUCCUGAAGAACAUGCAAUGCUCAGAGGCCAUCAUGACAGGGACCCCAAUGGAGACCCUGCAGGGCACCAUGCUGGAGGUUGGCUGCGAGGGAGAUGAGAUGACCCUCAAUGGCAAGGCCAUCGUCCAGAAGAAAGAUCAGUUGGGCACAAACGGAGUCAUCCACUACAUCAACGAGUUGCUCAUCCCAGACUCAGCCAAGACCCUGCUGGAGCUUGCCCAGGGAUCCGCUGUGACCACGGCAACCAAGCUGUUUGUUGAUGCUGGUCUCAGUUCCCACCUUACCGGCUCUGAGGCCCUCACCAUGCUGGCUCCACAGAAUGAGGCUUUCAAAGGUAGCUUAUCAAUGACUGGCCCAAUGAAGAAACUGAUGACAAACCAUAUUCUGAAAAACCAGCUUUCCUCAAAAAGCCUGUACCACGGACAGUUGCUGGAGACCCUGGGAGGAAGCAAGCUAAGAGUCUUCGUCUACCGCCAUAAUCUGUGCAUUGAGAAUGCCUGCAUUGCCGCACAUGAUAAGACUGGUCGUUUCGCAACCAUGUUCACUGUGGACAAGGUUCUGACUCCUCCCAUGGGAACUGUCAUGGAUGUGCUGAAAGCCGAUGAUCAGUUCAGUCUGCUGGUGGGUGCCAUUCAGACUGCAGGUCUGACAGAGUUGAUGAACCAGCCAGCAUCCCACACAGUCUUCGCUCCCACCAACAAAGCCUUCAGCGCCCUGCCACCGGCAGACCUCAACAAACUCAUGGGGAACAAACAGGAGUUGGCCAAAGUUUUGAAGUACCACAUUGGAGAGGAGCUCCUGGUCAGUGGAGGGGUGGGGUCCCACAACAGAGUCAAGACUCUGCAGGGAGACAAGCUGGAGCUGGGCAUGCGUAACUACACCGUGUACGUCAACAAGGUUCCGGUCAUCCAGGCCGACCUGAUGGCCACCAACGGGGUCGUCCAUGCUGUUGAAUCCAUCAUCAAGCCCCUGCCACCGAAGGUUGACAGGGAACAAGCCGAUGGGCCUGUUGGCAAAGUCAGACUUGCCUCUGCUUCAAGAAUCGACUCCCAGGUGUUCAAAAACGAUGACCUUUUCCAGAAGGUGAUGAAAAGUCAUUCCAGUAGGACAAUGACUCGCGUCCAGUAAAGCCCAGUAAAUUAAGACCACACACAUUUGCAAUGACGUGAUGAUUAUUCCUGUUGUUAAUGGAAUAUGUUCUCAUCUUGAACUCUUAAAGGGUCAUCAACCUAAUGAUUUUGUCAAAAAUUGUCAACUAGUUUGUCAUAACCCAGUACUAGGUGAAAACAGAAAUGAAAUAUUUUCAUGGAAUAUGUUGUACAAUUGCUUUCAUAUACAAGUGGCCAAUAUUUGGAUUUGAAUAGCUGUAUCCUUUUUAAACCAAAAAAAUGAACAAAUAGAGCCAUUUUUAUUAUGGCCAAGAUAAAAAAUUCCAGAGAAGAAUUCUCUCAGAAAUGUAUACUGUGUUUUGUUUUGAUAUACAUGUAGCAUGUUUGCAUGGUAUGAGCUGGAGUAACCCAAAAAAUUGGACACACGCAACUGGAGAAUACUUUCAGAAAAAGUGGUUCUCACAUCAUUUUUGUUAAACUGUUAAAUCUGUUGAAAAUGGACUCAUAUGCAAAUCACACACAUUCAAUUUGUAACAUAAUGUAGCAAUAUAUUUUUUGUGGAACCAAAGAUCAAUGUCUGCACAUUUCUAAAUAAAAUGUUCAUUUUGUA